AUGGUUCAAUCGACGAUUUCUCGUUCGCUACAGCGGUCGUCCCGCCCGCUCCUAAGAUCCGCGACGUCAUCAUUAAGACCGACUAUACAACGAAACACAAUAUGUCCUCAUACAUUAUCUUCGAGAUCGUUGUUCACAAACACUAGGCCGAGUGCUGGGAGGAAAUUCCAGAGCUUUUCGGGUAGAUUGGGACUUGGGGCUGCGAUUGUAUAUUGGUAUAACACCUCGACAAUAUUUGCUGAGGAACCGGCUGAGAAACAACCAUUCAUAUCCCGGGCGCCUCCCGUCGAACCUAUACCGGAAGAACGCUUUCCUACGAUAGAUGAGGUUGUCGCAGAGAAGAAGGCCAAGGCUAAGGCUGCAGCUUCGGAUACCACUAACCAAACUGUGGUGGUGGCUGCAGGAGAGCUAGAAACUGGCUCUAAGAGCCCAGAAAGCCUGGAAGAGGAGGCCGGACAACAAGGCGCUUUCAAUGAAGAGACGGGAGAAAUCAAUUGGGACUGUCCCUGCCUUGGGGGCAUGGCACAUGGUCCUUGCGGCGAAGAGUUCAGAGAAGCAUUCAGCUGCUUUGUAUUCUCGAAGGAAGAACCGAAGGGUGUCGAUUGUAUUGAAAAGUUUAAGGGCAUGCAAACAUGUUUCCAAAAGUACCCUGAAAUAUAUGGCGCUCCUCCAUCGGAUGAUGAGGACGAGGAAGAAAUUGAUAGAAAGCUAGCUGAGAUGGAUCAAGAGAAAGCCGAAGCAUCACCAUCAAAACCGUCCUCUGAAGAACCACCAAAACCAUCAUCCGAGACAUCGCCCUCGUCUGCCACACCCAAACCCUCUCAACCAUCGGAACCUACUCCAACAUCAUCGAUACCGCACUCUCCACCUCAGAGCCGGGGUACUGAUGAAUACUCUCACCCGGCACCAAAGGAUAAUGCUGAACCCAAAACUGGAACUUUAGAGCACCCCGGCCCUGGUGAAAAAGGGUUGGGUGGAGGAAGCCACGAAGGGCCAGUUGAUACAGACGCGAAUUCCACUGGCAUAGUACGUCCGGCUCCAGGUAACGCUGGCCUCGAGAACAUCGGGGGGCACGGUGCGCCUGGUUUGAAGGGCGUCAGCGAUCCGAAUGGCCCACAAAUAUAG